AUGUCUGACUUGACUAAAAAUCUGAAGAGCCUGUCUUUUGAAAGUGGUCUGUCUGAAGGCGAGAGCGGAUUACUUCACCUCCGUGCGCACUCUGCUGCGCUCACAUUCUGCGGAUGCGCACACGCAGUUUUUCUGUGUCAGCUUCUUCAUUCAGUCAGAGAUGCAGUUCAAAAUCACUGUGCAAACAAAAGCACCUUGUUACCAGGGGAGCUGCGUGUGGGAAUAGUAGGAAUGGGUCACCUGGGAAAACAGUUGCUCCUCUGUAUUCUGGACAAGACAAAAAUCACAGCCUCAAAUAUUAAGGUAUCUACUAGAAGACCAGAGUGUGCAGGGCAUGAAACACCAGGGGUUGAAUGUUUCUUUGACAAUGGCCGCCUGGGGCAGUGGGCAGAUGUUUUGUUCCUGUGCUGCCUGCCCUCUCAGCUGCCCAGAGUGUGUGCUGACCUGAGCCCUCGCCUGUGCACACACACCCUUGUGUACAGCUUCUCCUCUGCUGUCCCUGUCUCCAGAUUAGUGCAGCUUCUUGGACAUAACUUUGUCCUAAAGUCACAGCAUGAUGUAGCUGCGUGUGACAAUCCAGAUGUGUGGAUGACUUACACCCAUUUGAAUACAGGUUUAAGAGAACCUUCCCUCAUAAAAUGGUCCUGUCCUCUGAGUAGAAGUCACAGCCCUUCACUUUGUUUGAAGUGGGUGUGUGCAGUGCUGUACAGCCUGGUAAAUAUAUGCACAUGUGUGCAUUUGGAGCAUAAAAAAACUCUAUAUGAGAUAAACCAUCUUUUUAAAGACAAAUUGUCCUUGGAUGUAAAGAGUGUCUGUCCUGCUUCAAGCCUAUCUACAGAUGAGGCUUUUCCAUGGAUCUCUGUCAUUGAUGCUCAGACAAAGGAGACUCCACUUUAUAGCUUCUUAGUUAACAGUAAAUCCACACAGGAAUGUAUUAGUUCAGUGUACUCUGCACUCCUGGAGCCAUCACCUCAUUCAAACUAA